AUAUGACUGAAAUUUCACGCGAUACUCAACUAGUGCACUGUGUUGAUCUCGAUUCUAAAUUCAUCGGCUACGAAUAACCUUCUUUUACGUCACCACUGUAUAAUCUACUCGACGACCCCAACUGACGUCAUAAAUUCGUGACGUCACUGCAAAGUUUCAAGAUAUUCUAACACGUUAUUAUGGAAAGCCCCGAUCUUCAGAGGGAAACUCCCAGUCCGGUGACGUCAGAGGAAAUGACGUUGAAAUCCGGCAUCGACACAGGCCACGUUAAGCGACCAAUGAAUGCAUUCAUGGUUUGGUCGCGAGGACAACGACGAAAAAUGGCCCAAGAAAAUCCAAAAAUGCAUAACUCCGAGAUCUCAAAGAGACUCGGUGCUUCGUGGAAGCUUCUCAACGAGUGCGAGAAGCGGCCAUUCAUCGACGAAGCAAAACGUCUCCGUGCUCUUCAUAUGAAGGAACAUCCGGACUACAAAUACAGACCCCGGAGGAAACCCAAAAGCCUCAUCAAGCCAAAAGAUCGCUUUGCUUUUCCUCUCUUCCCAAGCUCGGGAAUGAGUUCUCCAACACACGACGCAUCCACCGUAUCAUUAGCCAUACAACAGGCAGCAGCUGCUGCUCAUCUCAACAUGGACCCUAUUGUGGUGGAGAAGGCAAGAGCUGCGGCGGCCGCCGCGUUUUACUCGACGUCACAAUCCUUAACGACGACUUCAUUCCCAAGUCUGAACCCCCUCAGUAUGACGUCACAAUCGAACGCAGUUAGCCUCGCAGCAGCCAUCACUCAAAGCAGGCUUGCAGCUGUUGCAGCGGCACGUGACCUAGGUACACCAAACUCGAUGUACUCACCAUCCAACGGUCUCUACUCUCCUCCUGCUACUACAGGCGCCUCCCGAUGUGGAUCACUACUUCACUCGCCUCCGUCUCCAGGAGCAGCAGCCAUGGCAGCCGCUGUUAUGAACAGCGCUUAUGUGAUGAACACACCAGGUGCUGGCUCGUGGUCGCCUUCCCUGCCAAGCCCAACCCUAUCAAUGCAGAAUCCCUUUGCCUACAUACUGGUGCCAGGGUCUUCGCCCUUCCCAGCCAGCCCGCUAAAAAGUGGACUCGACUACUUUUCCCCGCUUCCCUUACCGGCGAUGUAGGCGGGCGGAAAUCCGCCGAAAAGACCGGGCUCGGUCGGUAACCAGCAAGUUCCUCUGAUCGCGCGUGCGGCAAAGGCGAGGCGAAUUCUUCUACAGGAUAGACGCUAAAUAUCUGCUCUCGGAUCAGCCAAUAAGUUUCCAAUAUUGUACUUGUGUAAACAGGUGGUGUUUAUAACCUUUCGCUACGAUCCCAACUUACUGGGCUACUCGACUCGAAUACUAACAAUCGCGGUACGAUAUUACUCGUUGUGGAAUCACAAGGGUGAAUUUUAAAUGACGCGUGGUCCGAGGUCAAGUGCUUAAAGUUUUAUUGAAGGCGCGUGCCGUUGUCUGCCUACAGUCCUUAUUGAAGGUUUAGCAUAUAAACAUGUCGGUUGCCAAAACACUGGUAUACAGUCGCCUGGCAGCGUCGUGUGUAAUCAAAAUGCUUUUUGCCUUCAAGUGCGUCCAUAUUACCAACGCGCAUUAUGAUUGCCGUGCCGAAAUGAAUUUUAACCACAAGACCUUCAGGCCACCUUCUAUAUUACUGUGUCCUCGACAAAGCGUUCUGCGCUGAUAAUAACCUCUUUUUGGUGGGUGACAUUUUUUGCUUCAAUCUUGUUCAUUAUCUCAGUGUUUAUUUACUACCCGCUAUUCCGCGCUAUUUGCAAGCAGGCUCCAACUUAAUUCUUGGCCAGCUUUCUCUGUACAAAGCCACGCGAAUAAUCGGAUGAAUGCGAAUCAGCGCUUGUAAAUCGACCUUGAAUUAACCCAUAACGUGCGCGGGACUCCUUUGUUUCGCAUUUUGUUAUCAACACGUCAAAGCUACUUACACAAUCUCACCGAAGAGAAUCUGGAAAGGCAUGCCAUACCACACCAAACCAACGCGAUGCACCAUCGACUAGAGGUCGACUGUUUGUUGUGUGCACCAAUGGCCACACCUAAACGCGGUUACUUGCUUUGCACGAACAUCGGCGCGCUGAGGUCGCUUUUAAUUCAAUUACCGUCAGGCGCUGAACUUCGCCGUUCCGCUACACCGCUCAUGCACACAUCUCCGCUUAUUUUCCGCCGUAAACAUUCAUCUUCAGCGGAGUUGCGAAUUCACUUUUAACCGACGACCUGUUUCAAAAACCUUAAUUUUUUAAGGGGGAAGACAUCAUUGUGCAAGGACGCGAUAUCGCACUAGAUACCGGUGUGGAUUUUCGGGCUAAUCCUCGAAUAAUUCCGUUGCGUCGUUCACCGGCUGAUACGCGGCCUACGAUUUAUUAUUCCCGAAUAAGUGCCUUUGUUACAGCUCAAAGCGCGUUCGACGGAUAGGAGGUUUAAGUUACAGCUUUAUGACAUCACAGACACCACAAGUUCGAUCAGUUCGCUCGUGGAAUACGCCCGCGGCGUCCAAGCGCUCGAAAUCUGUUUAUUUUUACAAAGAAGAGCGAAAUGCCCCAAAAGCGUCGCAGCCUUCGCACGCAAUCCGUCGCCUCGGUCGAUUUUAAUUAAUAUGAAUCACCGGCGUUGAUUAGAACUUACCGCGGCGAUUGAGUGCGAUUAUCCUCGCCGAAUUUGUUCUUGUCACGCGAUCCAGUUCGGUAAAACAAUACAGGCACUAUCGCGCCCGCGUAACAAUUACCAUCAUUGCAAUUAUCUUUACCGCGCUUUAGCUCUCUUCAGAUCAUUAUAACGGUAACACUUUAACCCUUUGAACCGCUUAUAAUACAUCAGCCUGCGUUUUUUUUUCUGUUUUAAACCCCGCUGCUACCAAUAUGCUGCAACAAAAUCUCUCGUACUUCCGAACAAGUCGAAUUUUUAUUUAAAUCUUAUUUUCUUUCUGCCGACGAUGUUUUGAAUAACGAAAAAA